CUAGUCACGAGACAGUCAGUCACCGCUUUGUAGAGUUGACUUCUUUUCUGUUUCUCAUUUACUCUGAUCAUCAUCAUGAAGCUUUAUCUUGCUCUCGGAAUUAUUGUGUGUAUAGGAUUUCUAGAAGCCAAACAUUGGGCAGUUAUUGUUGCUGGUUCCAGCGGCUGGUAUAAUUACAGACAUCAAGCUGAUGUCUGCCAUGCAUACCAAAUUUUUCAUAAACAUGGUAUUCCAGAUGAAAAUAUAAUUGUAAUGAUGUAUGAUGACAUUGCUCACAACAGAAAUAAUCCAACACCUGGAAUCAUAAUAAACAAGCCGAAUGGUCCAGAUGUUUAUAAAGGUGUACUAAAGGACUACACUGGCAAGGAUGUUACUCCAGAAAAUUUUUUAAAUGUGUUAAAAGGAAACAAGGAAGCUAUGAAUGGAAUUGGUAGUGGAAGGGUUUUAGAAAGUGGUCCUGACGAUAAUGUGUUUGUUUACUUUGCUGACCAUGGUGCACCAAAUAUUAUUGCAUUUCCCUCAAGUGAACUUCAUGCAUCAGAUUUGAAAGAUGCAAUCACAUACAUGCACGAGAACAAGAAAUAUAAACAGAUGGUAUUUUACAUUGAGGCGUGUGAAUCUGGUUCCAUGUUUGAUCGCCACAAGUUGCCAUCUAAUAUCAAUGUUUUUGCCACCACUGCUGCAAAUGGAGCUGAAUCAUCUUAUGCUGUCUAUUAUGAUCAAAAACGUGGAACAUAUCUUGGAGAUGUCUACAGUGUCAAGUGGCUUGAGAAUUCUGACGUUGCUGACUUUAGCACUGAAACUUUGCAACAACAAUUUAAAUUGGUGAAAGAAGAGACCAACACAAGUCAUGUCAUGGAAUUUGGAGACUUGAGCAUGGGAAGUAUUGUGUUGGGAAAAUUCCAAGGAGGAACUUCUAAAAAUUACCACACGUCAUCACUGAACUAUUCACCGUCGUCAACCAGUGAUGCAGUUCCAUCACCAGAAGUGUCUUUGAUGAUUUUAUACCAUCAAAUCAGAGCUGCAAAAACAAGCGAAGAAAAAGAAAUGUACAUGCAGAAGUUGAUGAAAGAACAAGAGGUAAGAUCGCAUAUCCACAAAACCGUUCAUCGUAUUAUGAAGAAACUUGUCGUCAGCAAAAGUAAACAAGGCAAGUUAUUGGCUAAAACCGCACAGACUGUCAUGCAAUUCUGUUACAAACAAGUCGUAACAAAAUUCCGAAAUGCAUGCUACGACUUUACUAAGUAUGAACACGCAUUGCGUCAUGUUUACAUUUUUGCCAAUUUGUGUGAUGAAGGAUUGAGUACUGAAAGGAUUCUAGCCGCCAUUGAAGGAGCUUGCCCUGUUGCGUACUAAAGGAUUCUGGUUAUUUUGUAGUAGAAAUUGUGAGAUUAUAAUUAAAAAAUUUUUAAAACAAAAUUAAUUCAAAUAUCUAGUUUAUGAACUUUCUAUGAAAAUAUGUAUUUGUGAAAUACUAUCUGUAGUAAUUGAGGUUGGUAAUGGCAAAUUUAGGAUUAGGUAUGGUACCUAAAGACAUUGUAUGUUUAAAGAUGUCCCAAAGAUAAUCGGUUUUAUCGUCAUCCUAAAACAUCUUCAGUUAGAUAUCAUAAAUGUAUAUCUCUUAAGUUGUAUAUUAUUUUCCAAACUUUUUCCAAUACUUUUUUUAUCGCUGUAACUUUGUUGUGUUUUUGUUAUAACAUGUGAACAUAAAA